AUGACGUUUUUAGUGCAUCAAGUUUUUAAAAGUGUGGCGGAUUCAUAUGAUGCUAUGAAUGAUGUUAUGAGCUGUGGUGUACAUAGAUUAUGGAAAGAUGAAUUAAUGAGAACAUUGGAUCCAAGUCCACGCACACGAUUAUUAGACGUUGCUGGUGGAACAGGAGAUAUUGCGUUUAGAUAUUUAAAAUAUAUAUCAGAUAUGAAAGGAGAUGGACAUGUGACAAUCGCCGACAUUAAUGGUUCAAUGUUGGAGGAAGGGAAAAAAAGAGCAUUAAAUUUGGAAUUAAAUCAAGACAACGUCUCAUGGGUAGAAUGUGACGCAGAAAACUUACCGAUGGAAUCAGAUUCUUAUUCUGCUUAUACAAUAGCAUUUGGUAUUCGUAACGUGACACACAUUGACAAAGCUUUAGAUGAAGCGUAUAGAGUACUUGAACCUGGUGGUAGAUUUCUUUGUCUAGAAUUUAGCCAAGUUAACCCAGCAGCUUUAAGAUGGUUAUACGAUCAAUAUUCAUUCAACGUAAUCCCCGUUAUGGGCCACGUAGUUGCUGGUCAAUGGAAACCAUACCAAUACUUAGUGGAAAGCAUUAGGAAAUUUCCAUGUCAGGAAGAUUUCAAAUACAUGAUUGAGUCGGCAGGGUUCAGAUGUGUCACUUACACAAACUUAACAUUUGGUGUUGUAGCAAUUCACUCAGGAUUCAAAUUAUAA